AUGGGCACAACAAUAGGGAUAACUGGGGACACUGAAGAACAGUGCAAAGGAUUCGUCAUCGUCAUAACUGCUAUCGCGGCUGCCACUGCCAUCACCACCACAGUCGUCAUCAUCAUCAUCAUCAUGGUCAUUGCCAUGACGGACGGUGUGGUUGACACAGAUCCCCAGGAGAGAUCGCACAGUGAUCUCAGUGGGAAAACGGUGGCGAAGCCACGCAACGAGCACAGCGAAACCAACAGGGGAAUUAGGAGGCAAAUCUUCUGGAGGAACAAGCAGCCACACGCCCGAGAGGAGAAGCGAGUGAUCCUGCAGCAGACUCCGUGCCACGUGGAGAACAAGUCUUAUCAAGCUGGCCAAUGUUUGUUUUGCUACGGCGCAAAUGUGUGGAUGCAGAUGCCUAUUUGGGUUAAGAUAAUCAGAUGAAUCUGUCAUGAGUUAUCCUGACUACGCCAAAAGAACUUUUUUUGAGACGUCACAGGAGAUGACGUGUCAACGCCUUAUUUUUCAAUAUUUUUCUAUGAAAAUUUCACAAAC